AUGGACUCCCCAUCUGCACAGCUAAUGGAUCAGAGCAUUCUAAUCGACGGACCUCCAAGCUCACCAUUCAUCACCGAAGUCGAGACGCACAGCCGGACACCGAGUAAACAAUGGCGGGUGCCGUCGAACAGUGUUUUCGAAGGAGUACCGAAGGAGGAAGAUGUACAGGACAAGAUAGAUUUCCAAAGUCUGUAUGAUGGUGAAGACAAGGAAAACGAGCCUCAGCAGGAGAAUGACUCAACACUGGCAAAGAUGUUUGCAUCGCCACAGAAGAAGAGCACAACACCCGAGCCCACGCCAGCAUCAACAAAGAAGAACACAUUGCGCGGCAGCACCACAGAUGCAGAUCUCAUGCCUCCUCCUUCCACCCGCAAGGUCUCCGGCUCGCCAAAAAAGACACCAUUGAAAUCGAGCGGGACCACUGGCAACAGGACACCCAAAUCGCUAAGUCGCGGGAAUUCAUCCGAGCGAACACCCCUACAGAGUGUCUCCAAUUUUCAAGCCGGUCUUGAUUUUCGUAAUGCAACAGCACCAGCAGAAGAAUCCCGAGGCGACGGAGACGAGACCUGCUUCAGCGCGUUCUCUGAGAUGCCAGACAUCGCCAACUUCACCAAAAUGGCCCAGAGUCCCACAAAGCGCGGCGACCUUCUCACGACACCACGUCCCAACGCGGAUCCAACCCCUCGCACCUCCCGCAAACGCGCCUCCCCUUCUUCUCGCUCACCCUCACCAACCCUACGACGCUCGAAAACACCCGCCUUCGGUAGCAAAGACGAAACCACAAGCUUCCUAAUCGACUUCACCCAACAAAUCGAAGGCGUCCAAACCCACCGAAACACCUCCCCAACCAAAUCAGCCACCGAAUCUAACCUCCUCCAAUACAUCAACAACCAGCGCUCCCCCACCAAAGCCUCGCCGUCAAAACAUCUGACCACGCCCAGCAAGCCCAAUAACCUACUCAACCUCCUGGACUUCGAGCUCCCUCCCGCACCAACCCCGCGCUCCGUUCCUACCAUCACGGUCCGGGAACUAGAAUCCCUCAAAUCAUCCUACCUCUCCCAAAUCUCCUCCCUCAAAGCCACACUCUCCGGGCGUGAAGCAGAAGUCGACAGCCUUAAAAAGGCGGUAGGCGACGCUGAGCGCCGUGUUGGCGAAGCACAGGAAGCGUUGCGCGAGGAGAAGUGCAAGCGCGAGUACGCGGAGCAGGAGAUUGGGGACUGGAAGAAGCGCGGGCAGGAGUUUGAGGUCGUGCUGAAGAGCGUAAAAGAGGAAGUCAUGAAGAGCGAAGCCGAUAAGGAAGAAAUGGCGCGGCGGUUCGAGGAGAUGGAGCGGCGGGCGGAGGAUGCUGAAGGCCGAGCAAUUAAGGCUGAAGAACGGUUUGCGGACGCGCUGGCGGCGAGGGCGAGUAAUGCCGAAGGCGGGGAUGUGGAGGAGCAGGUGCAGCGGUUGGUCGCCGGCCAGAUUGAUGCGAAGAUUGAGGCGGUGAGUCGGGAGUUGCAUGCGGUGUAUAAGGAGAAGCAUGAGCGGAAGGUGGCGACGUUGAAGAAGAGCUAUGAGGCGCGGAAUGAGAAGAAGACUGCGGAGCUGGCUGGUCGGGUCGCGGAGCUGGAGAAAGUGAAUGAGGAGUUGCAGGUCGCUAAAGAUGCUACUUUCUCUGGUCCUGUCAGUGACAGCAUGUUGGCUGGCGCAGAGACUGGGGAAUUAAAGGCCCAAGUGGAGGAGCAGAAAGCCGCGCUCGCCCGGAUCGAAUCGGAGAUGGAAGCGAGUCGCACUCAACAAGGCCAGUUGAUGCGAGAGCUGCAGCAGGAGCGGAUCGAAAAGGGCGAUCUGGUGGCGGCGGUGGACGAGAUGUUGGCGCUGCAGGCUGAGGCGCCGCCGACGCCGGGGGGGGCGAGGGCGAUGAGCGUGGUGGAGGAUUUUAGGAAGAGUAUUAGUCGUGCGCCGCCUUCGGGGCUGAGGGCUCCUGGUGGUGGGGAGAGUAAGAUUGGGAGGGGCAUCCCUGCGCCUGGGGGUGGAAGGAUUGGCAGUGGAGGGGCGGGGAAGAGUCGGAUGUUGGCGAAUAUUGAGAGGAUGGGCAGGACGGGGAGUAACAGCGGGCAGGAGUGA